GGUUGCGUUGUUGAUCACCCGGAGCGGCUCUUUCUCUGCCUGAGUCUUCUGGGGAGCCGAGCCGGGAUGGCGCUGCGCUCUCUGCCGCUCCUGGUGUUGGUGGGGGUCGCCCUGCGGGAGAGCUGCCUCGGCGCCUCCUCGCACUCCCUGAAGUAUUUCUACUCCUCCAUCUCGGAGCCCAGUCAGGGGCUGCCCCAUUUUGUCGCUGUGGGAUACGUGGAUGGUCAGGUCUUUGCUCACUACGACAGCAACAGCCGGAGGAUGCAGCCUCGAGUCUCCUGGAUCGGGAAGGUGGGGAUGGAGGACCCCCAAUACUGGGACAGAAACACCCAGAGAGAACGUAGCAAUGAGGAGACGUCCAGAGAAAACCUGGAGAUUGCGAGGACUCGCUACAAUCAGAGCGAAGGCCUCGGGGAACCCCUGAACAUCCAGGCUCAGAGAUGGGGCAGAAUUGUUUCCCGCGUAGACCUGGAGAGAUGCAUUAACAGCGUUCUUACACUAAGAAUAAAAACUUGCCUUUUCAGUGUGAUCCCU